AUGACCUCGAUGGCUAGCGGGGCAGGGAAGCUGGCGCUCACCUACGUUUCCUAUUCCGGCAUGAGCGCCCUAUUGGCCGUCAGCUCUCAUCACCCGGGUCAGCCGCUGGCGGUUCCGCCGUUCGCGGCUUAUCUCAAGCUUGACACUACGAAACUGAUGAGCUGGCAACCCAGCCCUUAUGUCUCCUCAGUGGAGAACUACUCUCGUGGCAUCUUUCUGUUCAACACCUGGCAGCAGUACGGGGACGGCCGGACCCGCACCCGCAAUGGCUUGCUCUCUGAAAAACUUCAGCUGAGCGAGAUGCCUUUGGAGGAGAACCUCCACGAGGUGUGCAGACGAGCCGUGACUGAGGAGGAGAUGCAAAGAGUUGUCGACGCCUCGACCACGAUCCAGCCGGGCUAUCCAGCGCCAGCCUACGAUCCCUCCUACAAAACUCCGCUCAGAGUGGUGGAUGAGAUAUUCCUCGACCACACCGUGGAGAUUGAGCAAUCCAAGAGCUACCCCGGCCUCGUGACCGUGUACCACUUGUACACCGUGGACAUCCUUUGCACAGGUCUGCCCACACUGAACUUCAAUACCUUGGAGUACGAAGCGCCAGACGAGGCGGGCCACAGGAAGCUGAAGUACAUCCAUGCUUGGGUGUGGAUGAAGUUUGAGUCAAUUCAGCGCUACCUCUUCGAAGGAAGUGUACUCAAGGAGCGCAUCACCAAAGGCACCUUCACCAGCCCGGAGCAACUGAGGGACUGGCUGGCCCAGUUCGACAUCGACUUGCACAGCUACGGUACCGGUCAGCUGAAAUCCGUCGCCGAGCUCUGGAAGGAGGUUGAAGCAGAGAAGACACACCUGGA